GUAGUCAUACCCAUAAAUUUAUAAUAGUACUUUGUACUACACACGCGUGCAUAUGUAAGACAAUUAUGAAAAAUCUAGAUAUCUAAUCAUUUUUGUGAAAGAUAAAAAAGAAAAAGUCAUGGUAAAUGUCACGAAAGGGAUUUUAGUUGAAUGCGAUGCAGCUAUGAAGCAAUUUCUUUUACAUUUAGAUGAGACAUUUGCUUUGGGACGAAAAUUUAUUAUUCAAGACCUAGAUGAGAGGCAUUUAUUUAUCUCUGCCGAUAUUUUAGACACCUUACAAGCAAAAGUGGAUGAUCUUAUGGAUCAAAUAUCAUUUCCUCUAGCUGAGAAAGGAGUAUAA